AUGCUACAACAUGCUUAACCUGUAUUAGUGGAUAUUUCUUUGAGGGAACUUAGUGCUCAUAAUGUGCUUAAGAGUGUGCUAUUUGCAAUGGACCUGCAUCUUCUCAAUGUUCAAGUUGCAAACAAUCAUAUUAUCUUGAGGGAACAACAUGCAAACGUAAAUCCUUUAUAUUAAUUAUUUUUCUUAGAUUGCCCUGUAAAAUGCCAAUCGACUUGUUAAUUCUUAGAUACUUCUGUAAAAUGUGAUACUUGCGCUUCUGGAUACUUUGGUGAUACUUGCGAAUAAUGUUCUAGUACUUGCAAAACUUGCGUUGAUUUAGCUACAACAUGUACUUCAUGCAAUACUGGAUAUUACUUGAAUGGCUAAGCUUGUAAUCAAUGUGCCUUGCAUUGUGUUACUUGUGAAGAUGGAACAGGAUACUGUUUAAGCUGUGAUUCAGGCUAUAUGGUAGAUGAGUUCCACAAAUGUGCAAGUAAUUUAUCAUUUCUAUAAAACAAUAGCUUGUUCAAAUUGUACUUGUUCAAAUGGAUAAUAUUAUGACAGUUCUUAGUCAAUGUGCAAAGGAUGUGAUUAAUCUUGUACCAUGUGUUCAGGAAUCAAAUCAAAUUGUCAAGCUUGCUCUAAUGGAUUUUAUUUAGACUCUUCAACAUGUAAGAAUUGUGUUGCUCCGUGUAACAUAUGUACUGCUAGCGAUAUUUGUUCAAAUUGCAACAGCGGUUAUUAUUUAGACAACAAUACUUGUUUACCUUGUUAGUCACCUUGUGUUAAUUGUUUGUUAGGAGGAAACACUAAUUGUUCGUUAUGUUCGACUGGAUAUUACCUAAAUGGAUCAAUAUGUGAAACUUGUGAUUCGGCAUGUAAAAAGUGUUCUACUACUUCCAUCAACUGCUCUGAAUGUUAAAUAGGAUAUUAUUUAGAUGGAUCAAUUUGUUCAAAAUGUUCGAAUAAUUGCAAUGCUUGUGCAUCAGAAACUCAGUGCACUUCCUGUGAUGCUGGAUACGAACUAGUGGAUGGUCAAUGCAUUGCUUGUGGAUUUAAUCAAUAUUACUUAAACCUUAAAUGUUUAUCUUGUUAAAGUCCUUGUAAUUCUUGCGAAUAAACACCAUCUCAAUGUACUAGUUGCAUAAAUGAAUAUUAUUUAUCAGGAUAAUAAUGCUUCCAAUGUAUUUAACCUUGUAUUAAUUGUACUUCAUAAAUUGAAUGUUUAUCAUGCAUAUCAGGAAAAUAUCUAAGCAAUAAGACUUGUUUAAAUUGUGAAUAUCCUUGUAGUUCAUGUACUGCUUCAGGCAAUUCUAAUUGCUAAUCAUGCUAAUCAGGUUAUUACUUAGAAAAUAGUCAAUGCAUUUCAUGCAGCACAACAUUAAGUUCAUGUCUUAUUUGUAGCAGUAAGUUAACUUGUAUUACUUGUGAUUCGACGCAUUAUUUGAAUAAUGGAUAGUGUUUAUUAUGCUCAAGUACUUGUAAAUCAUGUUCUGAUUAAUUUACUUGUACUAGUUGCAUCGAAACUCAAUUUUUAGAAAAUAAUACUUGUAAAUCAUGUUAAUCUCCUUGUUUAAAUUGUAUAACAAAUUCAACUAACUGCCUCAGUUGCGUAGAUUCAUAUUAUCUCAGCUAGAAUUCUUGCAUAAGUAAUUUAAUAUUUUAUUUUAGAAUGUACAUCGCCAUGUUAAAAUUGUUUAAAUGGUUCAACUUGUCUUAGCUGUGUUGCAGGAUAUUAUUUUUCUGAUGGUUUAUGUUCAAAAUGUGACAAUGCAUGUCAAUUAUGUUCUGGCUCAGCAACUUAAUGUUAAUUAUGUUAAAGUGGAUAUUACUUAUCUGGGUCGAGCUGCAUAAGUUGUGUAUCUCCUUGCUUAACUUGUUCAUCAGAAUUAUCUUGCAAUAGCUGUAUAAGCACUUCUUAUUACUAUUCUAAUAAUUCUUGUCUCACUUGCUUAACACCGUGUUCAACAUGCAGUGGAGAGACUUCUUGUUUGAGUUGCAAAAAUGGAUACUAUUUAGAUUAAAUUAGUUGUUUGUAAUGUAUCAGUCCUUGUUAAAAUUGCACAUCAUUAUAAAUCUGUAAUAGUUGUGUUGAUACUUAUUAUCUGAAUGGCACAGUUUGCAGUAAAUGCCCAGUAAAAUGCAAGGAUAUCUGCAAUUUAGUAAAUAGCUAGGUUUAGUGUGAAAGUUGUGCAGAUGGAUUUUAUAGCAGCAAUUCAGAUUGUGUUUAAUGCUCAACAAGUUGUAAAACUUGCUAAAAUACUGACACUUAGUGUACUUCCUGCUUUACUGGAAAAUAUUUAUCAAACUCAUAAUGUCUAACCUGUUCAACAAAUUGCAUGGAAUGUGAAGCAAAUAGUGGAAACUGUACGUUAUGUUCAAGUGGCUACUCUAUUAAUGCAUUUUAUUAAUGUGCUUAAUGUUCUACUUGUAACUGCCCAGAUGGAUAAUAUUAUGAUUAGAGUUAAAAUAAAUGUUUCGGUUGCGAGGCUAAAUGUUCAUCAUGUUUUGGUGGAAUGAUUUCUUAAUGUACCAGUUGCAUAAAUGGCUAUUAUAUACAAGACAGUACAUGUACAUUAUGUUAAACACCAUGCAUUAAUUGUACUUCUGCUAUUAGUUGUUUAUCUUGUAUUAGUACAACGUAUUUAAGUGGCACUUCAUGUUUGACUUGUUAAUCCCCUUGUAUUAAAUGUUAAAGUGCAGACAAUACUAAUUGUUAAGAAUGUAUUUCUGGAUAUUAUUUGAUUGGAACUGUGUGCACUUAAUGUGAUUCAAAAUGCAAAACUUGUACAACUUCAAGUACAUGCUAAUCUUGCGCUGAUGGAUAUUAUUUAAAUGGAACUACUUGUGUUUAAUGUCCAAUUGGAUGCACUUCUUGUAUAAAUGACUCUACAUGUACUGGUUGCAGUUCUGACUAUUAUUUGGAUGGAAUUUGUAAAUAAUGUAGUCUGGGUUAGUUUAUAUCUAAUAACUCUUGCUCACAAUGUUAAUCCCCUUGUUUUUCAUGCGUGACAACUGCUUCUAAUUGUUUGAGUUGCAUAGAUUAUUACUACAAACCAGCUAAUUUGAAUACAUGUUAGUAAUGUGUUUCACCUUGUAAAUUGUGCAGUUCAGAUGUUAAUUGUUUAUCAUGUUAGAGUGGAUACUAUUAUACAAGCUCAAAUAACUCUUGUACUACAUGCUCUUCCCCUUGCUAAACUUGCUAAACUGUAGGAAACACAAAUUGUUAAUCCUGCGUUACUGGAUUUUACUUAGAUGGAUCAAUUUGUAGGGAUUGCACGUAAUUAUCAUAUUGCCUUGAAUGUUCAAACUCAACAAUUUGUACAAAAUGUGAUAGCACCCAUUAUGUAAGUAAUGGUUAAUGUUUGACUUGUCAACCCAGAUGUGAUACUUGUAAUAAUUCAGCUACUUGCAAUAGUUGUUUAAGUGGUAAGUAUUUAAAUAGCUUGAAUACUUGUUCUACAUGCUAAUCUCCAUGCCUAACAUGUUCUGGAACCGAUGGUUUAACUUGUAGUUCUUGUGAAAACAAAUACUAUCUUAAUGUAUCUACUUGCACAUAAUGUGUUUCUCCAUGCUUAACUUGUACAACUGCUGUUAGCUGUAGUUCAUGUGUUGAUGGAACAUAUUUAAAUGGUUAAGAAUGUCUAAGCUGUAAUUUUGCCUGUACAAAAUGCUCUGGAUUUGCUUCCACAUGCUCUUCAUGCACUGCUGGAUAUUAUUUAAGUGGAACUUCGUGCUUAAUUUGUACAUCUCCAUGUGGUACCUGUGUUGAUACUUCAACGAAAUGCUUAAGUUGUAAUACAUUAACUAAAUACUUGGAUAAUAAUGCUUGUUUAAAUUGUGUUUAACCAUGUCAAACUUGUUCUAAUGCUGCUUAUUGUCUAUCUUGUAUUUCUACUUAUUAUCUGACUGCUCAAAACACUUGUUCUUAAUGUGUGUCACCAUGUGUUACUUGUACAACCUAAACAUCUUGUUUAUCUUGUAUAGAUGGAUAUUAUUUGUCAGGCACUUAAUGCUUAAUUUGCGACAGUAAUUGUAGAACUUGUUGGAAUAGAGCUGAUUAUUGUAUGACUUGCACUUAAAGGUAAUAUUUAACAACUGAAAAUAAAUGUGCAGCAUGUACAUCGCCUUGUUCAUCUUGUGUUAAUUCAGCAACUUCUUGCACUUCUUGUUUAGAUUUAUUUUAUUAUGAAGCCAAUAGUUGUAAGAGGUGUAUUUCACCUUGUUGGACUUGUGAUUCAGCAAAUAUCUGCAAAUUAUGUUUGUCUGGAAAAUAUUAUGAUUAAACUUAAAAAUAUUGUCUGGAUUGUGAUAAAACUUCAUGUGUUACUUGUACAGGAACAGCAACAACCUGUUUGAGUUGUGCCUCUGGUAAAUACUUGGAAAAUAAUACUUGUAAGACAUGCGAUCCAAAAUGUAUCGCUUGUACAAGUUUAACAACCUGUCAAUCAUGCUCAGUUGGUUAUUAUUAUAAUGGAUCAGAAUGCUUAGCAUGCACACUUCCUUGUAUUGAAUGUAACUCAGGUUCAAUUUGUACAAAAUGUUAAAAUGAUCUUUACAAACUAAGUCUAAGUCAAUGCAUUAGUUGUUCAUUACCUUGUAGAACUUGUGAUUAGGAUGUUUGUAAAUCUUGUGUAAAUAAAUACUAUUUCGAUUCAGCUGAAAUUGAUACAACAAAGAAAUGUAAGUUGUGUAUUAGUCCUUGUGAUUAAUGCACAUCCUCAAGUAGUUGCACAACUUGUAUUUCAGGAUUUUAUUUAGAUGGAACAUCUUGCCUCAAAUGUACUAAUAAUUGUAAUACUUGUGAGACUGCAACAAAAUGCUUUACCUGUGUUAGUAAUUCUUUUUAUUUAACUACUUCAAAUACUUGUUUAACAUGUAGUAAUAUGGAUGCAGCAUGUUUGACUUGCAGUGCUUUGAACAGAUGUUUAACUUGCAAGGAUGGCUUUUUCAUAUAUAAUCUAACUUAAAAUGGUGUUACAACAAGUACUUGUUAAGCUUGUUCAGUAAAAUGCUCAAGUUGUUCCUAGUCCUUAUCAUAAUGUUCAAGGUGUGCAGGUAAUAGAUAAGGUACUCCUCAAUGUACAACUUGUCCAUAUGGAUUUUUUGAUAGUGGAUUAUUGAAUUGCGAAUAGUGCAAUACUAAAUUUUGCAUCACUUGUUCUGGAUCGGCUAAAAAUUGCUCCAUUUGUGCAAAUUAAAGAAUCCAACCUCCAACUUGCUUCUGCCGACCUGGUACAUAUACUUCUGGAGAUGAUUGUAUCUAAUGUAUGGCUAAUUGUUCUUCUUGUACUACUUCAAAUUAAUGUACUUUAUGCAAUACUGGAUUCUACUACAAAUAGAAUUGGGAUGGAUUAGGAAAUAAUAUUUGUACAAAUACAUGUGGGGAAUCAUUUUUCUAGGAUGUCAAUAAUUAAUAAUGUAUCAGAUGUCCAAUUUCAAAUUGCAAAGUUUGUAUUUCAACCACUGAUACUGGAUGCAUAUCUUGUUUACCAUCAAUAGCUCAAACAGUUAGUGAUUCGAUGAAUAAUGUGUGCACCUCUACUACUUGUAGCCUGUAUUUGUAAUAAUAGAGAUAAUGUUUGAUUUAAUGCUUGCCUGGUUAUUAUAAGAAUAUAGAUUUCACAUGUUCUAUUUGUGAUAAUGCAUGCAAACAAUGUUAAGAUACAGCUGCAGCUUGUACAGAAUGCUACCCAAAUAUGUAUUUGCAAUAUACUAUUGGUUAAUAAGUGAAAGGAUCUUGCAUACCUGAAUGUCAGACAACAUUUUAUUAAAAACCUUCAUUAACUCCAACUGUUUCAGGUGGUAUCUGUGCUAGUUGUCAUCCAACAUGUAAGGAUUGCACAGAUGACUUAGAAACCUCUUGUAUUUCCUGUUCAGCUGGAAGAUUUUUACUAAAUAAAAGAUGUUUAACUAGUUGCGGAGAAAAUGCAGGUUAUGUAGCUAAUACAGAUUUAAAUAGAUGCGAUCAAUGUGCUGCAAAUUGUACUUCAUGUACAUCAAUUUCAGCAUAGAGAUGCACAAAAUGUGCUAUUACUCAUUUCUUUUUGUAAAACUAAUGUCUUGCUUAAUGUCCAUCUGGUUAUUAUGGAGAUUCCAAUAAGGUAUGUUAAGCAUGUAAUUCUUCUUGUUUAACAUGUGAUGGCCCAUAGGAAAAUAAUUGUUUAUCAUGUGGAGCAUCUAUUUUCUAUUUAGCUUCGACUAAGAGAUGCACAACAUUGUGUCCUGAUAAAUUUUAUGGAAAAACAGAUACAUUUAUAUGUGAAAGUUGUAUAAAUGGAUGUCUCAAAUGCAUUAAUCCAUUCGAUUGCUAAUACUGUGAUGAAAACUUCUUCUUAAAUACAUUAAAUUCUAUCAAUAAUUGUUUAGCAGUAUGUCCUGAUGGAUAUUUUGGAGCCGUUACUGCUAGAGCUUGUAGAUAAUGUGACCCUGGAUGUAAAACUUGUAAGGGAUCAACAUAAUCUGAUUGUAUCAUAUGUUCAGCUGGAAGAUUCAAUUAUAUGGGAGAUUGUAUUGCAACCUGUCCAGCAGGUACCUUUUUAGAUACAGUAAAUAUGAGAUGUGAUACUUGUUCUUAAGGAUGCUCUACUUGUACAGCUAUAGGAAUGGGCAAUUGCACAACUUGUGAAUUUGGAUACUUGUUCUAUAAUAAAGGAUGCUAUAUAACUUGUCCAACUGGAUCUUAUAAAACAGGUACAACAUGUACAUCUUGUAUUUCAAAUUGUUCUGUUUGCAAUGAUAGCAUUUCUUGUUAAAGAUGCAAUGAUUCGACAUUCUACACUGGAAUAUUAUGCACUACAAGUUGUUUAAGCAAUUAAUAUGGAGAUACCUUAACAAGAACAUGUAAAUAAUGUGAUCCUAGUUGUUUGACCUGUUCUGGAGCUAAAAUAGAUAAUUGUCUUAGUUGUAAUACAACAUUCCUAUUUUCAAAUUCAUGCAAUUAAUAUUGUCCUGAUGGUUAUUAUGCUGAUACAUCAACUAAGACUUGCAGAAAUUGUAUUUCCACCUGUGUCACUUGUUUAAAUCCUACAUCUUGUUCCUCAUGCACCUAAGGCUCAUUUUUAACUGGAAAUCCACCUUUAUGCUAAACUUCUUGUCCUGCUGGAUUUUAUGGAGAUUCUGGAACUAGAGCAUGUAGAUCAUGUUUUGCUGGUUGCAGGACAUGCUUUGGUACAACAGCAGACAAAUGUUAAUCAUGUUUAGCAAGUGCCAGUCCUAGAUUGUUCUAUUUUAAUUAUUCUUGUAAUUAAACCUGUCCAGAUGGAACAUAUCCUAAUACUUCAAAUAGUAAUUGUGAUUCCUGUCACCAAUUUUGUGGUAAAUGCAUUGAUGCCUCUGCAAAAUGUACCUAAUGUACAACUAACAGAUUUAUGAGUCCAUUGAGUGUUGAUGUUAACUCUCCAUGUAUAACAGUUUGUCCUUACUAAUAUUAUGGAGAUCAAAUUACGAGAACUUGUUUAUUGUGUGCAACUAAUUGUAGAAGUUGUACAAGUUCCUCAGCUAAUAGUUGUACAGCAUGCAUGAAUACAAACAUCAAUGAUUAUCAGACUAAUUACUAUUUAUCUUAGAACAGUUGUGUAACUUAAUGUCCAAGUUAAUUAGUGGUGAAUUAAGAUGGAAGUUCAACAGAAUAAUAAUUAUAUGGUGAUAUUGUGUCAGAUCCUCUCUCUUAUAAUUGUGUAUCUAAAUGUCCACCCUUAACUUACAGAAAUAAUUCAAUUAUGGUUUGUGAAUAAUGUCAUAUAUCAUGCAGAAGUUGUGAAGGAAAAUUAAGCAAUUAAUGUUUAGCUUGCUUUCCUGGUUUUUACCUUUAUUAAGGAACUUGCUCAUCUGGAUGUCCUUCAGGUACAUACUUGUAUUCUGUAACUUCAUCUUGUAUAACAUGUAAUUCAAAAUGUAAGGAAUGUGAUGGACCAAAUGCUACUGAUUGUACUGAAUGUUCGGCUCCUUUGGUUAAAUAAGGAAGAGAAUGUUUGGACAGUUGUAUUGAAGGUUAUGUAGUAGUUGAUUAAGUCUGUGUUUCUUGUCAUUACACUUGUGAUUAAUGUAUCGGCAAUGAUAUUUAAGAAUGCAUUUCUUGUUCUCUUGGAUUAUUCCUUCAAAAACUGUAAGAGAGUGACUCAAGUGGUAAAUGUUUAUAAAAUUGUAAUUAAAAUUACUACCCUGAUACAAUCGAUAAUAAAUGUAAGCUUUGUCAUUCUACAUGUAUAACUUGUUAAGGCUCUGAGGAGAAUGAUUGCUUGAGUUGUAGUGGAUCUUUAAUGUUUAUGGGAGGAAUAUGCAGUGAUACUUGUAUAGAUGGAUACUACUUGAAUGUUAAUUAAUGUGCUUAAUGUAAUUUGUCAUGCAAAACAUGCAGUGGUUCCAGUUCAAACUAAUGUUUGAGUUGCAGUGAAUAGCUUUUCAUGUUUAAUUCCUAAUGUUUGAUCUCUUGCAUUGAAGGAUACUUCCAAAAUGAAAUUGAACACUCUUGUGACAAAUGUUUGGAGAAUUGCUUGACAUGUACAAAUGGCACAACUUGUAAUGCUUGUGAUACUUCUAAAUUCUUUUUAUUCGAAGAUUAUUGUUAUGAAUAUUGUGCAUCUGGAUUUUACUUUGAUACUACUCAAAAAAUUUGUUAAAGUUGUAAUUCUUUAUGUGGUACAUGCACUGGUCCAGAAAGCAAUCAAUGUUUGAGUUGUGACACUGAUUACUUCUUAAAAGUUACAAAAAAUUCUGAUACUGGAAUAUAUGAUUGGACAUGUGAACCACAAUGUGGAGAGUUCUAUUCACCUGAUAUCUAAAAUUUUGUUUGUUUAUUUGAUACUUGUGAUAGUACCUGUUCUACUUGUUUGAAUGAUUAACCUACCACUUGUAGAUCUUGCAACAAUUCGAUAUUGUCUAAUUCAAGAUGUUUGGAUGGUUGUCAAGAUGGUUAUUAUGUAGACAAUAACUUAUGUAUCCAAUGCAAUAGAUUAUGUAAAACUUGUAAAGAUAGUUCAACUGUUUGUCCAUUAUGUGUUGAUGUAGCUUAUAGAGUAGAUGAUUCAUAUUGUGUUAGUACAUGUCCAGAGAAAUACAUUAAACAUGCAACUCAACCUUUAUGUAUUGGAUGUGUUCCAAAUUGUUAAAAUUGUGUAUACGAUGAAAAAUUAGUUGGAUCUACAAAAUGUCUGAAAUGUGAAUCUAGCUUCUUCAUUGACUAGACAUAUAAUUCCAGUAAAGUUUUGAUAAAUGUACAAUGUUAUUAAACAUGUCCAGAUGGAAAAUACAAUAACUUAGAUUCAUAUUAAUGUACGAAUUGUGAUUGGACCUGUAAAACUUGUUCAGAUGCAACAAGUUUGGAUUGUAUAAAAUGUGGAACAGUUGUCCAUCCUAAAACUGGUGUAACUUAAAUUCGAUAUAUGGAAGAUGGCAUUUGCAAAAUCACAUGUUAAGCUGGUUCUUAUGCACAUAUUGAUUCAAUAAAUGGUAAUACUUGUUUAAUUUGUAAUUCUACUUGUAAAACUUGUUCUGGAAUAUUGGAUACUAAUUGCAGUAGUUGCUAUUCAACUACUUAUCUUGCUGCUAAUGGAAAAUGUGUCAAAGAUUGUUCUAUAGGAUAUUUUUCAAAUGAUUCCAAUUAAAGAUGUGAAAAGUGUUAUUAAGGAUGUUCUAAAUGUGAUGGUGUCAAAUCUACUUAAUGUUUAGCAUGUGAAAAUGGAUAUUAUUUAUAUAAAGAUACUUGCUAAACUGAUUGUCCAGAUGAAUACUUUAAAGAUGGUAAUAUUUGUUCAAAUUGUGACAAAUUCUGUUAUAAUUGUACUGGAAAAGAACCAGAUCAAUGUAUAUCUUGUCCAACUGAUCUCUAUUUCUAUCCACAACAAAAUACUUGUUAUAUUGAAUGUCCUCUUAAAUCAUUCCUUAAUCCAUCAACCUUCUAAUGUUAAGAAUGUCAUCCAUCAUGUCUAACAUGUUCAAAUGAAAUUGAGGAUAGUUGUUUAUCAUGCCCUUAAAAAGAAACUGAUACUGAAAUAUAGACAUAUUUACUAAAUGGAAAAUGUAUUUCAGAUUGUGGAACUCAUAAAUUUGGAGAUCCUGAUUCUUUGACAUGUGAAGAAUGUUCUAUUUAAUGUAUCAGCUGUUAAACUAAAAGUAAUAAUUGUACUGGAAGCUGUCCAGCUAAUCGUCUAACUAUCCCUUAAUGUGAUUGUCCAUCUGGUUAUUUAAUAGAUUCUCCUAAUGCUGAAUGUGAAUAAUGCUAUUAUAAAUGUUCAACAUGUAAAGAAGCCUUUAUAAAUUGUUUGAAAUGUGCAGCUAAUAGAAAUCAAGAUGCACCAUUUUGUUCAUGUCCUCCUGGUUACUUUGAUGAUGAAGAAAAUAAGAAUCCAAUUUGUUAACCUUGCGCUUGGCAAUGUUCAACUUGCUAAAGAAGAAGUGAUAUAUGUAUAACUUGUAAAGGAGAUAGAGUUGGUUAAAGUUGUGUAUGUCCAGCUGGAAAAUAUGAAGACUCUUCUGCUCAAAAAGAAAUGUGUUCUACAUGUGAUCCUACUUGUUCAACUUGUGCAGUAAAAGCUAAUUAUUGUAUUACUUGUAAAGGAAAUAGAUAUUCAACAAUAUUACCAGAUAAUCCAAUUUAUAAAUUAUGUUUAUGUUAAAAUGGACUUUUUGAAGAUGGUAAAUCUACUAAUUGUCCUUAAUGUGAUUUUAAAUGUACAACCUGUACAAGUUCUAGUUCUAAUUGUUUGAGUUGUAGAGGUGAUAGAAUACUUACUGAACAAUGCACUUGUGAAUCAGGAUAUUUUGAUGAUGAUGUUAAUGAUAAGUGUUAGAAAUGUGAUUUAUAAUGUGUAACUUGCGAUAAAAAAGGUUGUUUAACUUGUGCUGGUAAUAGAGAAGGUCCAGAUAUUUUAAAGAUUUGUAAUUGCCCAGCUACAGGUAUUGAUAGAAGAUAACAUGGAUACUCUGAAUGUGGAACAUGUGAGUAUGGAGUGCCUUAUGUCAAAAUGAAGGAUAGUUUAGAUUCCAUGACAAUAAAUCUGGGUGGAGUAAUUGCAAUCAAAGGAAUUAAUGAUCCAACUAUACCAAGUAGAGAAGUAUGUCAGAAAUUAUUCAAUGAUGAUGACUUUGCAAAAUUAGGAAGUGGAAAACCUUUGUGUAAUGUGGAUCCUAAUAAUUAAAAAUAGGUUAUUGUAGUCUUUGGAAAUAAUGCCUAAUUCCUAAUAGGAAACACAAUCACAUUAAAUUUGAAAUCAGUUAUAGGUAGAAAAGAUUGUUAAUCAAUAUUUUACACUAAUUUCUUGGCUGCAAAAAUUAAUGGUCCAGAUGUUCCUGCUGCUGCAUAUGUUAAAUUCACAGGUCCACAAUUUAGUAAUUUAUGCAGCAAGAUUAUAUUCUUCCCAAGUUAAGUAUUUAAUGAUGGUGGUAGAGGUUUAACAAUGAAAUCAUGGUCAAUAGUCUCUAUUGAACCAGAUAAUUCUGGAGUAAGGGGAAGAAUUUAAGUUUUAUUUGAUGCUGCAAAUGCUGCCAAAAAUAAUAAAAUUGAAAUUCCACCUUUGAUGUUAUCAGAAUAUUCUAAGUAUGUAUUUAAAUACACAUUUACCAACUUUUUGAAUACAGAAUUCAGUUCUGAUUACACAGUUUCAACUACAACUUAUGAAUCACCAUUUGUUUCUAUAGAGGAAUUAUCCCCACAUGUUUAUUACACCAAUGCUAGAAUCAAAUUAGUGGGUACAAUAAUUCAUCAAAGUUGUUUAACUGGAACUACAGAAAUUAUAGCCUCAACAAUUAAUUAUGAAUGGAUAUCAAAUAAGGUCAGUAAGGGAGAUGUUGAAUCAUACCUUUUAUAAGAUGUCACAACUCUUGCAGGUGUAAAGUCUCCUGAUGUCUAAUUUAUUCAACUUGAUAUUCCUCCUUAUUCAGGUAAAGGUGGUUACUCAUAUGAAGUAACUUUGAUAGCUACUCUAACAACCAAACCAAUUUCAUCCAACUACACAGUUGAUAUUACUCUACUUAAUUAAGGAUUACAAGUAGAAAUUGAAGGAGGAAAUAGAAUGAAUGGAUAUGCUGUGCCUUUGAAGGUUAAUGGAUGGGCCAAGGAUCCCAAUAUUAAAACAGAUUAGAGUGUAGGAAUUGAGUUGGUAUGGAAAUGUGUAAAUCUAAAUACUAAUUUACCAUGUGCAGAUGUUUAUGAUGAAGAAAUCCCACUUAAUAGAACUAACUCUUAGUUUAUAGCAGCAAAAAGAUUAGUGCCUUAUAAUGCUUAUAAUUUCUAUUUAAAUGGAACUAAAGAAGAAUUGUUUGAAGUAGCAUAAGCAGUUAUUGUAAUUGUUGAAUUGGACAUUCCAGUUUUAGAACUCAAGAGACCAGAAUAUUUAACAUCAAAAAGAGUUAAUAUGAAUCAAGAAAUCAGCAUUAAAUUCUUAUAUCCCACUAAGAAUCCAGAUAGUCUAUAUUAUGGUGGUGCAAUAGUAUAUGAUUUCAAUGUGGUAGCUACAUUAAGAUUUUUCUUCACAUCAAUAACUAUAAAGUUCUGGGAUAGUUUCAACGAUUUAACUGAUCUUGCUUAAUUGGGAUUCAGAGCAUCAGUUUAUAAUCCUCAAUUCUUUAUGCCCUCAACAACUACAUUACUAAUUAACAUCAAUUUACCACCUAGAAGUUGUAAGAUGAAUGUUUCUCCAACUAGUGGUAUUUCCUUUGAUACUUAAUUCACCUUAAAAGUUACUGAUUGUGAAGAUAGUGAUUCCCCAUUCACUUACAAGUUUACAUUCUACUAUUCUCCAACAUAAUAUAAUAAUGAUGUUUUAAAGGCUGCUUCAUUGAAUCAGAUACUUUUGUUAGAUUAUUCAAUUGAUAAUGAAAUUUCAACUAUAUUACCUAAUCCAUUGAGUGAUUCAGCUGUUACUCAACCCUUCCUAAUUUUAAUGGCAUCAAUUUCAGAUUCUUUGGGAGCAUUAACAAAUUUAACAUCUUCAGUUGUAGUAGGAUUGAAUCAAGUUGAUCUAAGACAUAGAUUAUAAGUUGCUGAAUAUUUGAAGAAGAGAUAAUAAUAAGAAGAUAAAUUCUAUCCAUUACCUUAUUUCUUUAGAUCAAGAUAAUUAGCAGAAAUUACAGAUGCAACAGAUAAAUUUAUAAGACUUUAUUAAAAUAGAACAACUUUAUCAAUACCAGAAUAAAUAAAUUUAUUAAAUCUACUUGCUAUUGGUGUCAAAGAUCUUAGUAUUGAUAAUCCAUCUGCUGAUUAAGAUGCUAAUGAAACUGCUAUCAUCUAAGAAGAAUAGACUAAAUUGAUUACACUCAAAAAAAGUAUUUUAGCAUCCCUUAAAGAAUUACAAUCUCAAGAUGUUAGUGUUGCUACUAAGAGUGCUUUAACUAAAUCAAUUGAAGAAUUAAUGAAUGAUGAAGAUAUCUAAUUGAAUAUGAGUUCUGAAAACAUGGAUGCUGAAUUAGAUAAAGCAGAUAGUAUUGUUUCUAGUAGUACAAGUGGAGUUAGUGAACUUUAAGGAGAUAUUGAAAGUGGAAAUGUAGAUUUCAAAUCAUUCAGAAUAAAAGAGAAUCUUUAAAAUGAUAUCAUGAGAACUGCUGGUUUAUUAAAUGGACUCUUGGCAGCUGGAUAGAAUCAAAUGGAUUCUAUUGAUUCAACAAGUACUACUACAUCAACUAAUUCAACUGAUAGUAAUAAUUCUACUAAUGAAACAGAUGCUGCUUGGUAAAAAAUGAAGGAUAAUAAUGCUAAAUUAUUUAAAGUUUAAGAAUCAGUUAAAUUUGGUUUAACAUAGACUGCUGAUCCUAAUGCACCUCCUAAAGUAUUUUCAGGUGGAUCAUUCUCUAUGAAAUCCUCUAUUGCUACUCCUUCUAAGAUGGCUGAAUAUUUGGCAGGUUCAGAUCCAACCAAAUCUAAAAAAGACAUCAAAAUUACAGAUGAUGAUGAAUCUACUUAAUCAGAUGAAACUAAUAUUUAAACUGUUACUUACAAUUAAGCUGAAUUUGCUGAUAAUCCUUAUGCAACUGAUGAUUCAUUCCCAAGUAGAUCUGUACCAGCAUCUGUCUAAAAUAUUGAACCAAAAUUACCAAAUGGAUCAGUCAUUGUUCCAAAACAACCAAUACCUAUGUCUUUUGGAGUUACUGCAGCCAAAUAAGCAGCUAGAUUAAGAAGACUCAGAAGAUUAUAUGGCAGAAGAAAUAUGCAAUAUUAUUAAGAUCUAUAUGAAUUAGAUGAAGAACCAGAAUCUUAAGCCAUAUUUUGUAUUGGAAAAGGUUCAGAUGGUGGUUGGAGUGCAGGAGGUGGAAAUUGUAAGACUGUUAAAUAAGUUGAUGCAACAGGAGCUCUUACGGUUACUUGUUAAUGUGAAGAAUUAUCUCCUACUUCUGUUGGUGAUGCUAUUGCUGAUGCUCUAGCAUUUGAUAAAUUUGCUAAGGCAUUUUCUAUGGAAGCUUUAUUAGCCUUACUUAAUUUCCCAUUCUACAAAUCAGUUAUUGUUUAUGCUUUAGCCUUUAUGACUACUGCUUUAGUAUUUUCAGUUAAAUAUGGAUUCAAAAAGGAUAGAGAAGAUGUUGAAAAGAAAUUAUUGGCUCCUCAUUUUGUAGAAUCAGAAUAUAUUAGAAUCAAGGCUGAAGAAAACUAGGCUUAAAGAUCAGAAAAACAAAAAUUGAAAAUGUAAAAGCAAAAAGAAAUUGAAUAAAAACUUCAAGAAGAAUAUGAAGAAUAAUUAAGAUUAUAAUAAGAGUAACAAAAAGAAAAUGAAGAAUAAUAAAAUAAUCCUGAUAGACCAAUCAAUACUAGUCUAUAGUUCCCAUUAUAAGAAGAAGCUCCUGUAGACAUAUUUAUGGUCUAACCUGAUAUAGAACCAGAAGAAUUAAUGAAAAUAAGAUAAAUGAAUGAAAUCAAAGAAGAAUAAAAUGCCAAUGCUCCACUUAAAAGUGAACCAACCUAUAAAUCUGAUUCUGAUGAUUCUGAUAGACCACCAAACUAAGUAGUUUAUGAUGAAGAAGAUAGUGAAAAUAGUGAUAACAUGGAAAGUCUUUAUGAAGUUCCUGAGAAUAUUUUAGACUAAAAAUCUGGAGAAAAGUAAAAGGAACCUGAAAUAGCUAAGUACUUCAAAUAAUUAGAACCUGAAUUUUCUAAAUCUUCUAUGUCUGUUGCAACUAUAAAACAAAAGAGUGUCUCCAAUUAAUAAUAAUAAUAAUAAUCAUAACAAUAAAAAUCAUAAUCAUAAUAAUAAUCUUAGAUUUUAUAAGAUGAAUAAUAAUAAUAACUUAAAUCAGAAAGUAUAGCUGAUUUAGAAUAAUUCAAUUAAGAAUUAGAAAAACAAUUCCAAUAAUAAGGUUAAUAAUAAUAAUAGUAAUAAAAAUAUGGUGAAUAACAACUUUAAUAUGAUAUGGGUGAUAGCUAACAAUAUGAACUUCAUCCAGAAUUGAAAGAAUCCCCUAUCAUGAAUAAAAGAGAUAAUGUUACGCCACCCUUCUGUCAAGAAUUAUAAUCAAAUGAUUUACCUCAUCUUUAAGAUGACGAUGGUUGCGCACUUAGUGCAAUUAAAGUUACAGAUAUCAAUCAACCUGUUCCAAAUAUUGAAGAGGAUUCAUUUGAAAAAGAUGUUAAAGAAGCUGGCUAAUCUGAAAUCAUAGAACCUAAAUAAAAGAAAAAGUCAUCAACAAGAAAGAGAAAGAGAAAUAAAAACAAAGUAAAUGAGAAAGAUAAAGAUAAAGCAAUAGAUGCUUUAGAUAUUUCUAAUGAAGAGGAUAAUCUUAAAGAAGAGCCAGAACCAACUUAUGAAAUUAAAGAACAAUUAGUUCAACAAUGGCAUAGGGAUUAUAAACGAAAGAAAUUCUUAGAAAGUGGAUGUUAACUUAAGUUUUCCCUUGCAAAUGUUCUAUUGUUUAUGGCUCUAUUCCAUAAAUUAUUAUGCAUCUUUUUAGUAUUUGAAAGAAGAUUACCUCGUCCCAUCAGAUUUUGUGUUUUAUACAUGACAAUUCUAAACACUUGCUAUAUUAAUAUAUUCUUCUAAGUGCCUUUGGAACCCUUACAAUCAAUUAUAUUUAGUGUAUUUUCAGCCAUAUUAUCCAACUUUGAAAUGUUUGUAAUUUUGUUCUUAAUGCCACACAAAGUGUUUGUUGUUAGACAAAUAGGAUGGGGAAUAUUCAUAGCUUUAACUACAUUAUUAAUUUACUUCAUCCUUAUUGCUAUGGCACUUGAAGCAGCAGAUUCUGGUGGAGAUAUAACAAGAUCAAAUAUGUGGGGUCUUAAUUUCAUUAUUGGAUUCAUGAACACUCAUUGUGUUUCAGAUCCCAUUAAACUAUUAAUUGUUUUCAAGGCAGUGCAAUUGAGUUUAUCAGGUGCAACUGGACUCUUGUAAACAAUUUUAGUGAAAAUAUUUGUUAAUCCAGCAACGAAUAUUUUCUUUGAAAUGAUAGAAGUAUGAGAA